UCUGCCGUUGACGCCCGACCUUCUCCUCCCAUCGAGGCCGUCUUUUCCCCGCGAUCUCUGGACUAAGUAAUCGACUGUUUUGGCAUUAUCACCUUACACCGUCCGCCCGAGGGUUGCAGCACCCGCGAGAACCAGCAAGAUGGCGAACUCCCCUCUUGUUGCGCGUCCGACCGAUGCGCUCCAGCCACCGAAAUCCCUUCCGCCAUCCAGCGGCGGCACCCCAAGCGGGGGACUUCCACGGUCGGCCCGGGGCCAGCAGAUCGCCGCCUUAGCCCGCCCGACUUUGGAUCUGAUGGAACAGAUGAACGAAGACGAGAAGAACAAAUACAUUAAGGGUAAGAAACUCGGUGAAGGUACCUACGCCAACGUCUACCUCGGCCACUCCCGUCUCGACUCCUCAACACAAGUCGCCAUCAAAAAGAUCAAAGUCCAAAAAGAAUACCAAGAUGGCAUCGCGCCCGACGCCAUCCGCGAAAUGAAGUACCUGCAAAAGCUUCGGGGCCACGCCAACAUCAUCAUCUUACAUUCCGUCUUUUCAUCCAAGGACCAGAACCUCAACCUCGUCCUUGAAUACCUUCCCCUCGGCGACCUAGAGAUGCUCAUCCGCGACGUCGACCACGUCCGCUACGGCGCCGCUGACAUCAAAGCCUGGAUGGGCAUGCUGACUCGCGCCAUCUGGUGGUGUCACGACAAUUACGUGCUGCACCGCGAUAUCAAGCCCAACAACUUGCUGAUCGCCGCCGACGGCGAAGUCAAACUGGCGGAUUUUGGUCUAGCACGGAGCUUUGCCGACCCCGGCGUGCGAAUGACGGCGAACGUGAUCACCAGAUGGUACCGUCCUCCCGAGCUGCUGUUCGGCGCCCGCCACUAUUCGGGUGCCGUGGACAUCUGGUCGGUGGGUCUGGUGUUUGCCGAACUCAUCAUUCGCGCCCCUUACCUGCCUGGUAACUCGGAGGUUGAACAGAUCGCCUUGAUCUGCAGGGAAAUCGGCACGCCGACGGAGGAGAACUGGCCUGGUGUUACGCAGCUGAAGGAGUACACGGUUCCCAGCGACGUGGUGCCCGUGGCGGGUAAGGACAAGUACAUGGGUCGGUUUGGCGCGGUCGGAUCCGAUGGCGUGGAUCUGUUGACCAAGACGCUGGUUUUGGAUCCAAGGAGGCGUAUCACGGCGAGGGAGAUGCUGGAGCAUAGGUGGUGGAAGGCAGAUCCCAAGCCGACGCCUAAGCAUGACUUGCCGAAGAAGACGGCAGGGGCCGAGGAGAAGUUGGCGGCGGAUUUGAAGAGACGGAAUGGUAUGGUGGAGGAUGAUGAUGUGCGCGGCUCCAAGGUCGCUAGAAAGUUGGACUUUGGCGCCGCGAGGUGAGAAGGCUUUGGGCGAGGGUUACAAGUAUGAUGGCAAGCAUUUCUGGACAAGGCAUUAUAUACUUAUGAAACGGAUACACUGGGUUGGAAAGGGUCACAUACAGUAUGCAUGCACGGCAUUGACAAUAUAGAGCAAGAGAAAGGCGUUUGGGCGCACCACACAUCUCAUCAGUCCAUAGACAUCAAAUCGGUUUUGAAUCACAUCCACG